AUGGUGCGGAGGAGCGGCGGGCCGUCGGAGACUGCGGUGGUGCGUGAGGUGCCGCGCAGGGGGCAGGGCGCGAUGCAGACGUACACCGUCGCCACAAAAGAGGACAACAGUGACUGGAAGCCCAUCCGCAUCAAAGUGUUCACGGAGGAUCUGAAGAAUGUUAUUCCGGGGAGUGGGAGGUACUGCGAAAAGCGGGGGGAUCGGUGCCCAGACUACUUGGGGCACAAUAGAACUUGCGUAACUGAACACGUACUGUCGGAAGAAAAGAAGAAAUUGUACGAGAAGACGAUUAUCCCCGAGGCCGUCAAGCUGCACGCGGAGCGACUCCUUGUCAAGCCGAUGGCUGAGGGAGUAGUUAUGGGAGAAGGUCCCGGAGGACUAUGCGAGUACUUUACAAUUCCAGCUGAGUACAAGACUAAUGGUGUGCGUGAUGCCGACAUGGUCAUCUACGCAGCUGCCGGGCCAUUCAGCGACGAU